AUGGCCGCCGGUUUGUCACGCCAGAACAUCUCCAUCAACCACACGCAGCUGACACCGCCACUUACCACACCAGACCAUAUAAAUCGAACCCGUCCCACAACCCAGCCAACCUCCCUGAACGCCAGCAUGCCGCCAUUCACCUCACGCCUCGCACCUCCAUCGCACGCGCCUUCUCACGCACCAUUGCCUUUCACACUAUCCAACCACGAAGAAGAAAAAGAACCAGAAAUCCUUUCUUUAGAAUCGCAAGCACCAUCUCCAGAAUCAAGUAAGACAUCACUCUCCUCACAACCCUCCAUCCAAUACCUUCUCGCUCCAAGCAGAACCCCCUCUCUGCGCACUUGCACGGAAAUCUGCUACUCGCGUUCUCACUUGAAGGUGACUCCCUGCUCAGCAAAGUUUGUUUGGAUGGGGAAACAUUGGAUUAUCGUGGGGAGAGAUUUCUUGCGAGAAGGAGGAGAUGACUGGCACACGAAGCUGGUCACGGGGAAUGCAGAGGGCGGUGAAUGGAGAGGAGAGGAGAGGAGAGGAGAGGAGAGGAGAGGAGAGGAUUUUGAAUUGCAAAAUGAUAUUCUCAAGCUAUGCUCUGUUGCGUUGCACGUCACUUACUUCCUCUCGCUUGUUUCACGUAUGUGCCUCCAGUCCCAGCAGAGUAGUGUCGGAUUCCCGCGCCACCAGUCGAGGAAGAUUCGAGACUGGGAGUAUGAGGCCAGCUGGAGGUUGAGGGGAAGCGACUGGAAGAGUGUAGCGUACCAUCUUGCCUUGAACACGGUCGGUCAUAGCAAGAGACAUGCUCGCAAAGGUUCCUCUAGCAAUAGUAGUAGUGCAGGAUACCAUUCACAUCUGGUGCAGCCCAUAUUGAUGCUCGCUGCUGGCAACAGAAGUUCUGUCGUGCCAAACGCCAAAGAAAGACUGCAAUCGUCGCCGGGCGCCACCGGAGGUCAUCUGGGGAUUUAUGUCAGCGAGGGCGUGAUGAAUGGAGUCCUCUUUUGCGGGCGUCGUCUGAGGGAUGGGGGCGAUGAGUUGUGGUAUUCCUGUGGCAAUGGCCUUGUUCUCCGAGGAGGAGAUAUUGUGGAGUCGUUGGGCUGCGAAGCAAAAGUUUCAGUGAUUGGAGUUCAAAGAUGGAGGUUUACAAUGGGAUGCACAAGUGGUCGUGCUGCUGCUCCUUUUGGUGUUGUUGUUGUUGCUGCUGCUGCUGCUGCUGCUGUUGGGCGCUCAGGCAAGCGCUUCUAUGAGGGUCAGUCUUUUCUCGUAGGAGAUGGAAAAAUCGAGAGCAUACCAAAGGCGAUGCCAUUUGGUGGGCUUGCUCGGCCAUCCAGAGUAGCCGCCAAUACCAAAGUCUGCCAUGGCCUUGAUGCUGGUGCACUGGUCAGCGUCAACGAGAGGUUCUCAGCGGAUGAAGGGAGCGUACGCAAUGCACCGCUCGGUGAGGGCAACAGAGGCACAAACGCCGGAGGAGUUGUUGUGGACAGGCUGGCCCAAUGCAGAGGCGUUGAUGCUGAGCGAAGGCUUGCGUCAGGGGUGGCCGGUGCUCGUAGGCAGCUCUUGUCGCGGCAACCUCACGCACAGCAUCAACAAUCUCCUUCCCUCCACCACCACCACCACCACCACCACCACCUUCUCACUCUUCUUCCCCAUCACCAUCACCGCAGGCGCGCCUCAUCGCCGCUGCCACUUGUUCAUUCAUUCACCUACAUGGGUCUUGUUCCUUCUCGGCAACUUCCACUCUCCGCCACGCGGCCUCGACCAUCUCGUCGUCGCCGCUGUCUGGACGGUCAAGCCUCGCCAGGUGAGUCAGCAUACCAGCAACACCAUCACUUUGCGAUGAUGAGCUUGGCCUGCACCACUACACUUGCAGUACCGAGCAUUGAUGCUCCACUUAUCGACGAGGACCUCCCUUUCAAGCCCAUGUGGUUCGAUGGGCAUGAGAGCGGUCUGAUCACGCGUCCAAGCAACCUCAAGCCCGUCUCUUGUUGUGGUUCGACGGUCGCUGACGCGUUCAAUCUUUUAGUCAACCAUCCCCUUGCCGUUGCGACCACUUCACCGUCAUCCCACUGUCGACUGGCAUCUUCAUCAGGUAAGCAACACCAUUCGCACCGUCUCCAUUCGUUCAAUGAUGACACCAAAUCGGAUACACACUUAUUGAUGAGGACGCGUCCAACCAAGCCUACUCCUACUGUGGUUCGGUGGACAGCAGCCUCGCUGAUACCAUCACAUCGCGAAACUCUGAGAACAUCACUGAAAAACACAUGCAUCCUCUUUUCUGUUGCGUUCAGGACGCUGACACAUUCUUUUGCAGAUCACGCCUCCAUGAGAGUCGGCCGCAACACAACGGACACUCGUUCUACAGCCAGUCCUUUCGCCGCCACCAAGAUUCCACCGGAUUGUCAACAUCGCUUCAAGCAACACCUUCCACCUGUGCCACACGGUAAGCUCGCAUUUCCCUGCCCUCCAAUUGCCAAUGAUGACAUCCGCUCUAAACUGAACUCGAAUGGAGACGACCUGACAGUGGUUCUCGGCUCGAAAUUAGAACAGAUUCUGAGGCUUCCUUGA